GAAGUUAUUAAAAUGAUAAUUGGUGUCCAACUUCUUUGAUUGUCAAGUCAUCAUCACUGACAUUGACAUCAAUGCCGUCACCAUUUCAUUGGCUUUCGAGUGGUUCGAGUUUACAGCAGGAAUGGGAUAAUGCGGAACAGGACCCGAGUUUGACUAUCAAUCACGUGCCGAGAGAUUAUCCCAACUAUGCUAUUCAACCCCAUUAUGAUCCCGAACUACAAGAGGCCAGAGAUAAUAUGCUGAUAGCCUUAGGCGGUGCUAUAGGUUUUAUGUCCGGCUGUUUCGGUAGUCUAUCCUUUAAUAUAGUUAAAUACAAUAGAUUGGGUUAUACAGGAAUUCAUGUCUUAGAGCGCUUACCGAUACCAGUGGUCAAGUGGUCAGUGUUGGGCGGAAUAGCCGGUAUGGCCGUUGGUUUAGUCAAUGAGGGCCAACGUAUGAUAAGAGAAGAUAAAAACCUAAUUUUCAAUUCAAAGAUUGCUUCCUCUUGA